AAUGGAGAAUUCUACGGAACUAAGAUCUUUGGCCGAAUUUGAGGAAAGAGCUAAAGAAAAACUCAGCUCAGAUUUGUAUUUUUCUUUCUACGGCGAUACAAAUAACGGUAAGGUUGUUGAGAGAAAUAAAUUUGCUCUAGAAAGGCUCCUUCUUUGUCCUAACAUCUGUAAAGAUGUUACAAAUCGUAAUAUGGAGUUAAAACUAUUCAAAGAAUCUUUUCCUUUUCCUCUUGGUAUAAGUCCAACAGCUUCUCAUGAGCUAGUUCAUCCAAGCGGAGAAUUAGCAACAGCCAAGGCAGCUGAAAGUUUAGGCAUACCUUAUGUAAUUAGCAUGUUUUCAAAUGUAGCUAUAGAGAAUAUUGUUAAAUCUACUGUUAAUGGUUUUCAUUUGGCUCAAAUCCAGUUUAUAAAAGAUAAAAAUGCAACAUUCGAUCUUAUGAAGAGAUUCGAAAGAGCAGGUGUUAAAGGUUUUGUUAUAACUAUAGAUAUGCCGGUACUACAUCCCAAUAAACCAUAUUCUCAAAAACUACGCUUAAAAAAUCCUCAACCUAAUUCGCUAAGACAAAUCUUUGCUGAUGAUGAAAUGUUAAUAGUGAAUGGCAGCGCCUUCGACGGUUCUUAUACAUGGGAAGAUGUUAAGCAAUUUAAGCAGAAGACUAAUUUGCCUGUUAUUGUAAAAGGAAUUUUAACACCUCAAAAUGCAAUCGAGGCCAUCAAUAGUGGUGUAUCAGCUAUAUGGAUUUCGAAUCACGGCGGUCGUCAAAUGUCAGACUGCCCACCAACCGUCGAAGCCUUAGAAAUUAUUAGUCCUGUCGUUAAGCGUUACGGUAUACCCCUUUUCAUAGACGGUGGAAUAAGAAGCGGAAGCGACGUUCUGAAAUGUUUAGCUCUGGGCGCUGAUAUGGUCUUCCUAGGCAGACCUGUUAUAAGCGGUUUAGUAGUUAAUGGUAUUCAAGGGAUUAUCGACACUUUUCACAUAUUAACCAAAGAUUUAGACGCAAAUAUGGCUAUGUGUGAAACGGGUGAAGCAGUCGAGGCUUCUGCAUGA